AUGAGGAAAUGCAUGAGUCGGCUGGAACGCCUCUUCCAAACCAUCGACAUUGCAAUUCAGGCGGAUCCAACUGUGUCAGCUAUUGUGUGGGCGGGGCUACGUCUACUCUUUCAACUGGUGGCAGAUUUUUCAUCGUUCUUCGAUAAAUUGGCCAUGAUGAUCGAGGGCAUGGUCCUCGCGUUGCCAGACUAUGGCGAAUAUUUGUCCUUGUUCAAGGAAGAUGACCAAUUGAAAGCAAGUAUUGUUGAUGUCUACCAGGAUCUCAUGGAUUUCCUUCGCAUUGCUACAGAGCCAAGACGAGUUGUGAAGAUCGCAAUGACUAUCACAUGGACUCCAUUCGAUCAGCGAUUUGGCGAUAUUUUGAAACGCUUCAACGAGCAUCAUGAGAAAGUCAAGAGUCGGGUUCUUUUAUCCUCGAUGAUGAAUACAAAGAGGGCGCAAGAUGAUGCCGAGCUCGAACGAAAAGUUCCAAUCAAGAUAGAGAAAUAGGCGGCAUUUCGAAGACUCCUUAAUUGGCUUGACCCCAAGAGCUGCCAGGAUUUGAUUGACCACAUCUCUGAAUCCCGACAUCCUCAGACCGGUUUCUGGAUUAUUCAAUCAACAGAAUACCUUGAAUUCACAUGCUUUUCACACGAAAAAACAUUCACGGAGAGCGAAAUAUUGGAUGAUUCUGUGCUGUUAAAAAGCAUGGGUGGGAACUCGACAAUGAACAAAUCAAAUCAGCGAGUUCAGGAGAUUACAGGAAGAAAACCAAAUAAUAAUCUUCUGUGGAUAUACGGAAAUCCGGGUUGUGGAAAAACAUGGCUUACCACCCUUCUGAUUGAGGAUCUCCUUUCGCGAAAGGACCUGAUUUUCCUACAACAAGAACCGACAGUUGCCCAUUACUUCUGCAGUUAUACCAAAAGCACCAGAACGGCCGAUAUUCUUCGUUCCAUUCUCGCCCAGCUUCUCCACGUACACAGAGACAACCAUGAGGUCGUUGACGCGUAUUGCUUUUGUUAUUCCAAGUCCAUUGCCCCCAUAGCAACUUCAAACUCACAACUUAUGCAACUGCUUGAAAUUACGCUUCGUCGCUUGCAUAACGUUUUUAUCGUCAUUGAUGGCCUUGAUGAAUGCCAAGAUCGCGAUCAAAUAGCCCCGUUUCUUCUCAGACUAUCGCUACAGCCAUCCCUGGUGAAGGUUCUGAUACUUGCAAGGGAUAGCGACACCAUUCUGCGUCGCAAAUUGACACUUUUCAAGGGCUUGGAGAUCACAAAUUAUCUUAACCAUGCUGACAUUUUGGCGUAUGCCUUAUCGCGGAUCGAAGAUCUCGUGGAUUACCUAUCAUGGGAUAGCUUUCAUCGACUAAUAUCGUGGGCUGAUGCUGCCAACACACACAUUUUGAAAGCAAAAGACGAAGAUCUGGUCGGCUUCACCAAGAGGUUUGUCAGAGACUUUCAAGACCUGCAGUCAAAUUUUGAUCAAGAGCUGAAUUCCCACCCUCACCAUGUCUGGACCGGGAUGACAGACUGUUCUAGCGUUGGCGGCCCCCUCAAGUCUUCACGGUCAACGAUUAUUGUUUGUGAACAGGAAGCCCCAGAGCAGCUUGAUGGUACCGGGUCGUCUACACCGUGGGACACGGACUCGCCUGUGGCAGUCAUCUCCGAGCUUUCAACUGAUUGCAAGAGUUUACUAGUCUGCAGUGUAUGGGCUUCAAGGGAUUUUUCCUCUCUGCUUCAAAUUGAGAGCAAGACAACUGCAGGAAGGCUUUCUCUUCCUUCAUGUCUAGACUUCAAAAAGGUUGCAUCGGGGUGGAUUCUACGCCUCGAGACUUGGGACUUGAUCAGCAGAAAGAAAGUCGCCUUCCCGAAAGAUCUUCCUUUGAAUCCAUUGGAAGUGGAAAAUCAACUUCGAAAGUCAUUUUGUUAUGAUGCGCUUCGCAAACCACGGUUUGGUUUCCCCAUGGCACUCUCGCCAAACCACGACUUCAUUGCCGUAUUAGGUUCAAUCUAUCGCAUUGAGAUAAACCAAAUACCGAGCAAGACUGUCGAAUGGUGGGUUAAGUCUUUAGAGACCCAGGAAACAGGCAGCGCUUGCUAUCAUGAUUACCGCAUCAAAUUCUCGCCGUGCAGUGAGUUUGUUGCUUAUCAUAUCGCGAGGCGCUAUCGUGAGCCACCACAUUUGGAUGGUGGGGAGACCCUUGAGGUGUUCGGCCUAGCUCAAGAUUCCACCUCUAAGCCAAUUUGGAGGCGAGAUGUUCCGUGUUUUUCCAAUUCGCCUCUGAUCCGAGAAGACAUACCUAAUUACGAAUCAGCAUCGUCAUCUUUAAUCGUGGCCUUUCAUCCCACCUUAACGCUCGUUGCCUGGAGCGGGCCUAUGAUGGGAACUUAUAUAUCUGAUUUCAUCCACGAGAAAAUUGGCCUUGGGAUAAAUCUCACCCACCAAGAGAUUGGAGAGCUCCGGUUUUCUAACUGUGGGAGACUCCUCUUCGGAAAAGAAGAUUACAAGCAUCUUGGUCGCCCUGUCUACUUCCUGGUGACAGAAGCAGGAAUACCGCCCAUAGAAAAUCCCGAUGCCAUAGAAGUGACAAGGCUUGGCGAUAGCGUUUUCACCAAAAGGGACCUAUCUAUGGUGCCGCAACAACUUCUCAACGAACCGAUGCAAACCACUCCAACUCAAGAACUACGCGUGGGCAGCUUUUUAAGCAGCAGUCCUAAUGGCUCAACCUCAAUAUCAGUAAUUGCCCGCGUGAAGUCUGCCAAUGGCCAAAUUAAUAUCCAGCAGAUUAGCAAUCAGCGCGGGAUGGAGGAACGACAAAUUGCUUCACUUCCAGCGUCAAUCUUAAAUUCCUCAAGCGAAACGCGGGUUGUGCAACACAUCAAUCCUGGAGAUGGAUCUUCUGACGAGCUCAAGAUUGUUCUCAACAAGAUCGGCAAUUCGUGAGCUCCUAGCAAUGACUACGGAGGCGAGUAA